AUGGAACCAGAACCACCAGUAAGAAAUGUGUCUUUCAUAAAGGGAAAAAAUGGUCAUCGUUGGAGUUUGAAUCCGCCGGAUCGGAGAUGUCGCACAAGGCAAGAAAAUAUUGUUUUACAUCUGCCCGGCCCAAAGCACGAAGCCAGAACUCUUCUAUGGUACCAGCUGAUGCUCAGACCACAAGUAGUACCUCGACAAUGUGGCGACAGCAUGGAUCACAGUUCAAACAUCAAUGAAAGAAAUCCAUAUACUCAUAUGCGGACCAUAUUGGCUGAUAAGCAUCGUCUACACGAGAACCAGAUGUCAUCGGAUACAGGUAUGGAGUCACUGAUCAAAACGACGCCUCUCAACGACUUUUGGUGCAAAAUUGGCCAAGAAUACCCAAUACUUUCCAAAAUGGCCCUGAAUGUUCUUCUCCCGUUUGCACCAACAUACUUGUGUGAAACAGGAUUUUCAACCUAUGCAGCUACAAAAACAAAAUACCGCAAUAGACUGGACGCCAAACCUGACAUGAGACUUCAACUCUCUCUCAUCCAACCAGACAUCGACCAGUUGAUGAAAAAAAAAGAAAAAGUUUCAUACCUCACAUGA